CGCUCGCCCCUCCCGCCGGGCCGGGCCGGGCCGCGGAGCGCGACGGGCAGCGCGGAGCGGCCGCGCCCGGGCAGAAGCCGCCGCCGGCGGGAGCGCAGCGGAGCCGGGCGGUCCGCGCCAUGCGGCUGUGCGGGGCGCUGCUCAAGAACCCCAUCCCCAAGCAGAUCGAGUACUACUCGCGCUUCUCCCCCUCGCCCCUCUCCAUCAAGCAAUUCCUCGACUUCGGUCGUGACAAUGCCUGCGAGAAGACUUCAUACAUGUUCCUGCGGAAGGAGCUUCCUGUGCGACUGGCGAACACCAUGAGGGAAGUCAAUUUGCUGCCUGAUAAUUUAUUGAACAGGCCUUCGGUUGGGCUGGUACAGAGUUGGUACAUGCAGAGUUUCCUUGAGCUUUUAGAAUAUGAAAAUAAAAGUCCUGAGGAUCCUCAUGUUCUGGAUGACUUUUUAGAUGUUUUAAUUAAAGUCAGGAACAGACACAAUGACGUGGUUCCAACCAUGGCACAAGGGGUGAUUGAAUACAAGGAAAAAUAUGGCUUUGAUCCAUUUGUUAGCAGUAACAUCCAGUAUUUUCUAGAUAGGUUCUACACCAACCGCAUCUCUUUCCGUAUGCUUAUUAACCAACACACACUUCUGUUUGGUGGAGAUAUUAAUCCUGCUCAUCCCAAACAUAUUGGAAGUAUUGAUCCUAAUUGUGAUGUGGCAGAGGUGGUUAAAGAUGCUUAUGAAACAGCUAAGAUGUUAUGUGAACAGUACUAUACAGUGGCACCUGAUCUGGAAGUUGAAGAAUUCAAUGCUAAAGCUCCAAACAAGCCUAUUCAAGUAGUCUAUGUACCGUCUCAUUUGUUUCAUAUGUUAUUUGAAUUAUUUAAGAAUUCAAUGAGAGCUACAGUGGAAUUGCAUGAAGGUAAGAAAGAAGCCUAUCCAUCGAUCAAAACCUUAGUCACUUUGGGGAAAGAAGAUCUAUCUAUUAAGAUAAGUGAUCAAGGUGGAGGUGUACCUCUAAGAAAAAUAGACAGAUUGUUUAACUACAUGUACUCAACAGCACCCAGGCCCAGUCUGGAGCCCUCGAGGGCUGUGCCUUUGGCCGGGUUUGGCUAUGGAUUGCCAAUUUCUCGUCUGUAUGCAAGGUACUUUCAAGGUGACCUUAAACUCUACUCAAUGGAAGGCGUGGGUUCAGAUGCUGUUAUUUAUUUGAAGGCCCUUUCAAGUGAAUCAUUUGAAAGACUUCCUGUUUUUAAUAAGUCAGCAUGGCGGCACUACAAGACCACACCUGAAGCAGAUGACUGGAGCAAUCCUAGCAGUGAACCAAGGGAUGCUUCUAAAUAUAAAGCUAAUCGAUAAUUUGCCACCUUUUGUCUCUGCUGGAGAUGACCUCUGCAUUCAGUAUAAAGUCUCUGCUUUGUUCCAAAAUCCUUCAAACCACAGUAGCUAAUUACUUCCAAACAAAGACCUAAUCAGGGCAUUGAAAAAUACUAAGAACAAAGUGAUGAUUGGGACUUAAAGGAAGGCACUGAGCACGUUUGGUAUGUGAAUGCUGUGUACUUCACCAGAAUAUGCUUGGUUGCUUCAGUCGUGCAUUGACAAAAGGGAUCGCACUGCGAUUGCACUUAGGAACACAAUGUUGUAACAAAAAGAUACUAUUUGAAGUGGCCAAUUCUUAUUCCAAUGUAAGGAUUGGUAAGAUGUGCAGAAUCCCUUAAAGUGGUGAAUAGUAUCUUGCCCAGCAAUAUGGUGUAAGAGAAAAAUUCUAACGUAGUUAAAUGUGUGCUUUGAAAAUCCACUGUUUGCGGCAUUUUGUAUUGCACAGUGUCACCCCUAAGAGAAAACCCCUUUCAGCUCUUCAGAUCUUAUCUCUAGUGAGUUUAUAAAUGCAUAGUUCUAAAAAGGGUUGUGCAGCUUUAAACUGAUGCUUUCUCCAAAUUUCCAAACCCGUUUGUCAUGUGCAUCCAAAAGUUGUGUUGUUAUAAGACGGUAGGACUUCCACUUCUUGGUAUGCACCUUAAUGAUUUUCUUGACUCAGAAAUGCAUUUCUAUACGUUUUUCCGUGUUUUGAGGAAAGCUCCUAAGUGGUUAGAUCAUCUCUCCAUACAAGAAAUUCUGUGAAAACAGGGGCAGGGGGUAAUUCAAUUUCCUAUUUGCCUAUCAUUUAUGGGGAAUUGGGGUGGGCAGAGAAAUGCUGAGAGGCCAGACAGCCAGUCAUACAAAUGAAUUUGCCUUAAGAGUGUUGGUUGCUUGAAACCUGAUUAGUUUAAAACGUGUAAAUAGUUUGCAAAGUUAUUUAUACAUUCAAAGUCUGACUACAGUCUGGUAAUCUGAAUUUGUAGUGUAUAUAAAGAUGUUGUACACCAGCUUUUGGAAUGUGUCAUUGGUCUAAGUACAUGAAACUGGAAAUACAGGAGAAAUGGGAGGGACAAAAUGUGGCCGGUACCUGGUUAAAGUUAAAAAAUAUCAAAGACAAAAAAAAUCCAAGUAUUUUCCCCUUAAUUUAUCAUAAGGGUCAUUGCUGACUAUUAGAAAACUGUUUUUCACAAAGUCUUUGCCAAAUGCUGUUUCUGAUACUAUGGCCUUUCAGAAAAACCUGUGAAAUUUAGACAUUCUGGUGAUACAUUAGCUGUGGCAAUAAAGUAGAUGAGUUGUAAGCAGCUCUGAUGUACCCUCAAUUUCUCUUAGGUGUUUUGAUAUUUUUUGGAAAGAUAGAGAUUUUAGCAUGGAAAAAUGAAAUUUGUUUACUAAAAUUGUGGGGGAACUGUCCCUUUUGUCCUCCCAGUAUUUAUUUUUAUAAAGUACUGAUUUAUUAGGGAAAUGCUGAGAAAUUCCUACGUAUUUUAAAAAAAGAAAAAGAAUCUUAGUUUGACUUAACAAUAGUACUUUGCACUUCAUAGCACAUUUCAUUGGAGCAUUAUAAAGUGCUUUGAGCAAUAAACUCCAUAGAGCCCCAUUUCUGAGGAGUCGGAAGUUCUUGCGUUGCUGUUGCAGUGAGUUCCUGAACGCCGUGGUGUGAGCAGUGGAUGAGCUCACAGGGCUCAAGGUCCCUUGUGUGUUCCCACACACAGGGACUGGGACCAAGCCUGUGGGAGCACCGGGUCCUUGUCUCCAUGGGCUGCUGCCCUUCCCUGUAGAUCAGAUGGCAGCAGGGCAGCUGCUGAAGGCUCUCCCUGCUGGCCAGCUGGGCAGUGCUCCCCUCAGAGCCCCCUCUGCCAGCAGGCAGGAAGAGGAGGAGGCUGAUGGGGCCCUCCUGUUCCCAAACCAGACUCGUUUGGCCCUGGCCACAGGAUCUUGGCAGGGCAUGGUGAGGGUGUGACACGUGUGGCCUCCAGAGCAGCAACUUCCCAGCACUGCAGGCACUGCUGCAGAGAAGGCAGGUUGCUAUUCAAGCUGUGCUGCUGUGGUGAAACCAGGGGAAUGGUUUGACUGAAACACUGGUUGCAAGUCACAUCUACUAAAAAGUAGUCAUCUAUCUUUUGCCCCCACCUGUAAUUUCGUAUUGGUUUUAAAAUUAUUUCAAGUAAUUGCAGAGGAGAGUUUGCUUAAAGAUAGAAAUUUGUGAUGAAACUAAUAUACCCUCAGUUGCAUGUGGUCAGUCUUUUAUAGAACAUUACCCAAAACAUUCCAAGGAAUAAGAUAGUCUGCAUAAGAAACUAGAGUUCCAGCUUUUGUUAGAAAUGGUAUUUUGAAGUAGUAAAUCCUAACCUCAUUUGGCUGUCUCCUUAUACACGAUGAGGAGAGGGAACAGAAAGCAAAGGAAGGAUGCUGACAUAUUGGAUUUGUUGUCAUGAAGUGAAUGCAGGCCAUGGGAGGUAAACCAUGGAAACUGUGAACAAAAGCUGAAGAUACCAUGGAGGAUUGUUAUGGUGUAUUAGUGAUGUGACUUCCUGAGUCACAGGAAAAACUGGCUGACUUUCAGGACUGGAGUGCUUCAGUGCUUGAAGAUUGAACUUCCCUGAAAUGACUCCCAUUUCCAAGAACCCUGAGCUUAUUACAAACACCUCAAAGCAGCAGGGUGGAGCACAAGGAAUUAAUUUUCUUUCCAUUCCGCAAGGUCUUUAUGGGAGCAUUACAAUGAAUACCAGAGAGAAGCAACUUUUCUUCUCUCCAACCUUGUCCAGGCAGCCUGUGCUUUAGUGGCAAUGCAAGGUGUGCCAUCAGUUGUUCCCCCUCUCAUUGUCCUUAUGCCGUGUGUCUACAUAGGGGUAUUAGUCUGAACACUGUUUUAGGAAGCAGAAGCAGCAACAGAAGACCUUCAGUUAGGAGAGGGUUUUUCAAUGGCUGUGCCUGAAAAAUGAGCAUGGGUAGGUUUUUAAUAUGGCUGGUUUAACUACAGAUACUGAUUUUUUUCGGUUACUUCUACCUGUGAUUGGAAUCUCUUAUAACUAUGUUUUAACAUCUUGGGGCUGUUAAUUCCAAACUUUCUGAUGAUACAAAAGUAUAUUUUCUUUUUAUGAAUUUCAGAGUUACGGUCUGCUGAUGUUAUUGCAACCUGCUUGUCUUACAGGACACACAAAUACAAAAAAAAUGUUUUCAGUGAAAAUGUUACUUACCUGUUGUGUUUAGUGAUUAACAAACUGAACAAGAGAUGUUUGCUCCUUGAUUCUUCCUGAGAAUUUACAAACAACUUCUGUAUGUCAUAGUGUAACAAAUAGUUUACUUUUUGUUCAUUGUGUAUUUUUCUGGUGUAUGUGUCUUGAAUGUAAUUUUAUUAAUCCCCUGCCUAGUUUAAUAUCAAUAGAUAUAUCAAAUCAUAUAUAUAUUUGUGCUCCCUGCUUUUCUAGGCUUUGUUUUGAGGCAACAAGGGGUCUUUCAGAGUCCGCACUUGGUGAGAAAUCUUCAGAAGAUACCAAAAUGCUUCUUUUGCAACUCAGGUUCAAUCUUUGCCUGUGUAAUUGACUGUGAUGACCUGGGAGAGCACAGAGAAAGUCUGUCCUGCUGCAGUCUGUGCUACCUCUUGGGCAGUGUUUAAAGCAGCUCAAUUGGCACAUGCUUAAAGAACAUGGGUAUUAAUUGUAGUGUUCUUGGAAAACUCAGGCUACUUUUUGGCUAUGAAAGGCUACAUUUACUGCUGCAACUGGGUAGUAUUCUUUUCUUUGUCCUCAGUAGCAUUUGCUUUGAAGCAGCUGUUCACUUUCUCCAAUAAAUGAGCAAAAGUGAUCUUUAGUGCAAUCUCCUGUUCACCUCCACCCAGACAUAGUAUUUAAGGUGAUAUCUUGACCUCAUUGACAUGGAAGAGGUUUCCUCCCUCCUCACCUUAUUAAUAUAGCUAUCUCUAGAUCCUUAUGUGUGAGGUGCUGCAAAAGUGGUCAAGAUUCACGAAAAUAAUUCUGUAGAAAACAGCCUAAAUGUUUCAUGUUAGUAUUUAUCUUGAGGAUAACCAUUCCCCAUUGUACAGUGUUCCCUUUCCUUGCUUGUUUCCAGGUUGUGGUUUCUGGUAGCUCUUCCUUGCUUCUCCCUGGCAUACACACCUGUCUAUGGAUGAACAUACGUAAAUGUGUUUUUGCUGAAGUUAAGAGAAUAUGAUGGCACAUGACCAGAACAAUGUGUUACUGACUUCAUUUGUUCAUAAAUGAGGAACGUAGGUAUAAAUUGUCUUGUGACUUCAGGGCUGAGUCUUGCAAAUACUUGCACAAGUCAACGGUGUAUGAGAGGAAUGCCACUUAAAUGAAUCUGUUCUCAGGAUCAGGACUCAGGCUGUUGAUAUUAAUUUGAAACAAUGAAGAUUUGUGUAAUUGGAGUGGCUUUCUAAUUAAAAGUAAAUAAGAAAACUUAAAAUUUGUGUGCUUUAAUUGCAGUAUUAUGUUGCCUUAAAAGUCCUCAGAAAUCAGCAUAGAGAACUUGUUUGCCACUUUAAUCUGUAGGGGUUUUCAUGUAGUACUAGCAUUGAUGAGUGUAUGGUAAUUCUGACAUUGUCCUUCUGGUGUUAAUUGCUUUAUUGAAUUUUUCCUUUGAAGUGGAGGAACACAAAGAGGUGUUGGACACAGUCCUUUGAAAUCCAUGCCCUCUGCAGAUCACAUCAGCUGGGGCAGUUUCCAGGCAGUGCCCUCGAUGCUCCUGUCACUGCAGCAGGGAUUGUCCUCAGGGACCUGCAGGCUGGCUCACCUCACAUGGAAGGUGUGCUGACCCUGCACUGGGGUGUGCCAAGUUUGUCACGAAGUCCCUUUGUUCCCAAGGUCAGGUACAGGACAGCUUUUCCUGGUGAGCUGCUCUGUGCUUCACUUGGUGUCCACGAGAGAAGUGGUCUCGUGGUGCCUUUCCUCUGAGGUGGCAUCAUUUGAAUCUCCUAAACCUGUAAUGGAGGAGUGAGAACGUAAUUCUUCAUGAGAUUACUUGGCGAUACUUUAAAUUUAUUUUUGAAUCUUCUGUAACUUGUCUUGUUUCUAGUCCAUUGCCUGUGUAUUUGACUUGUGUAUACUCUUAUUUUCCUUUUUUCUUUCCAUGGUUAACAAAUAAAAUGAUGCAAAAACUA